CCUAUAAUGAGUGACACAAAUUUUUAUAUAAAAAAAAUGUAAUUUUUUAAAACUUUAAAAAAAAAAAAAAACUACAUAAAACAUGGUUAGAAAAAGAAAACGAUUUACAAAUUUAUUAGAGAAAAAAUUUUGCAAAAAAGUAACUUAAAAAGAAUUUGAAAAUUUUAACUUACCAUAAUGAGUGAAGAAAAUUUAUCACAAAAUAAUCCCGCAGAACCUGUAGCUAAUGUAUCUACAGUUGCGGAAGCAGCUCAACCUGAAGAACCAGAUGAGCUUCGUCGAGAAACACAAAUUCAUGGAAAUCAUGUGCAUUUCUCAGAUUUACUUCAAAGGGAAAAUGGAUCAUUGACAAGAAAUGAGGAAAAUCGAAAUGAAUUGCCCUUAAAGUUGGAAAAUACAAAAAAACCAAAGAACGAAAUUACCGAGGAAAUUGCAAAAGCUCUUAAUUUUUAUGAAUCAAAAGACAAUGAAAUAAUUCCAUUUGCUGAAACUCUGACAAAUACGGAACAAAUAACAAAAAAAUUUUAUGAUAAAUUUACUCAAACAUUUUUUAAAUAUAUGAAAAAUUUGUCAAAUUCACGAGUUAUGGAAAUUAUCAAACAAAAUAUUAAUCACAGUGAUGAGUCAUUAAUUUUCUUUUGCUCUGAAGAUAAUCUUCGAUUUACUUUUUAAUUCAUAAAAAUAUUUAUAUAAUAUAAAAAUAAAACAAUGA